UGCAUCGACCCCCUUUCUGGUAUUAUGCAUGCAAACCAAGAGCUCCGACCGAGCGCUUGUUAGCGACAUGGAAGUCACUUCUAUAAAGUAGAGGAGAAACGUUUUGGAUGUGGCAACCGUACGGCAGAAAUCCCGGCUUGAGCGCGGUUUCAAGAGACAGCGGAAUACUGAAUUCGGGCUUGCUUGCAUUGAUUUUUUUAACGUGGACAAUCAUGUUUUUGUUCUUCUGGGGACUAAGUUUUUUAGUAUUACUCUCUGAUUUUAUGAAUGCAGUAGCUUCAGCAGGGACACCGCGAGGUUCAGAGAAAGCGAAAUUAUCGCAUUUUGGCACGUAUGAGAUUGUAACUCCGGCCAGAGUGAAUGAAUCCGGUGACAAACUGCCAACGGGCGUGCACUUCAAGAGGAGAAAGCGGAGUACCGACCCAGUAACCGGCAACAUCUCCCAUCAUUGGACCUCUCCGCACGUCUAUUACCAAUUAUCUGCCUUUGGGCAGGACUAUUACAUUAAUCUUACACUCGAGUCGGGAUUUAUUGCGCCAGUUUACACUGUCACGAUACUCGGAGAAUCCAGUGAAGGUUAUAAUUCAGAAGAGGGGGAGGAGGAGGACACGGAGUAUCAGCACUGCUUUUAUAAAGGACAUGUGAACGCUGGGCAGGAGCAUACCGCAGUAAUCAACCUCUGCUCCGGUCUGCUUGGCACUUUCAGGUCACCAGAAGGGGAGUUUUUUGUGGAACCCCUUCAUAGCUACAAUGGUGAACAUUAUGAAGAAGAACACAUCAAACCUCAUGUCGUGUACAGAAAAGAUGCCUCAAAAAAGACUGUGGAUGACUCAACUACAUGUGAAACUUCAGGACAUAAAGAGCCACACCGCAGACACAGGAACAGACUGAAGAGAAAGUCACCCUCAAGCAUGUUGUCCGACCUGGAGACUCUUAAUUCCAGACUCUUCUCUGCCCCCUUCCCCUCCUCAGAAAACAAGCACAACUCCGCUAAUGAAAGCAGUGACUCCAAGCCACACCGGAGAUCAAAGCGUUUCCUCUCCUACCCCCGUUUUGUUGAAGUCAUGGUUGUUGCAGACAGCAAGAUGGUGGAACAUCAUGGAAGCAACCUCCAGCACUACAUUCUUACACUGAUGUCCAUCGUUUCCUCCAUUUAUAAGGAUCCCAGCAUUGGAAACCUGAUUAACAUUGUUAUUGUGAAGUUGGUCAUCAUAAAGAAUGAGCUGGAUGGUCCCACUAUCUCUUUCAAUGCACAAGCUAGUUUGAAAAACUUCUGCAUAUGGCAGCAGAGUCAGAACCACCCGGAUGACAAUCAUCACUCGCAUCACGACACCGCUAUCCUAAUCACAAGGCAGGACAUCUGUCGUGCUCGGGACAAGUGUGACACUUUAGGUCUUGCUGAGCUGGGUACAGUUUGUGAUCCCUACAGAAGUUGCAGUAUUAAUGAGGAUAAUGGACUCAGUACUGCUUUCACCAUCGCUCAUGAGCUUGGCCAUGUGUUCAACAUGCCUCAUGAUGACAGUAACAAAUGCAAGGAGGAUGGAGUCAAGAACCAGCAACAUGUGAUGGCCCCUACGCUCAACUAUUACACCAAUCCUUGGAUGUGGUCCAAAUGCAGUCGGAAAUACAUCACAGAGUUCCUCGACACAGGGUAUGGCGAGUGUUUGCUCGAUGAGCCAGUUUCUAGGCCAUACAGUUUGUCCCAGCAGCUGCCUGGACAGAUAUACAGUGUCAAUAAACAAUGUGAGCUGAUAUUUGGGCCUGGGACACAAGUGUGCCCAUAUAUGACACAGUGCCGAAGGUUGUGGUGCACCAGUCCAGAAGGAGUCCAGCGUGGCUGCCGGACCCAACACAUGCCAUGGGCAGAUGGGACAGAAUGUUCUCCUGGAAAGCAUUGUAAACAUGGCCUGUGCAUCCAUAAAGAGCAUGAAUCUGUUCCAACUGAGGGGGCCUGGGGCGUCUGGAGUCCCUUUGGCACAUGCUCAAGGACUUGCGGAGGGGGAAUCAAGAUUGCUGUGCGCGAGUGCAACCGACCCGUGCCCAGAAAUGGGGGGAAGUAUUGUGUUGGACGCAGGAUGAAAUUCCGUUCCUGUAACUCUGAGCCAUGCUCCAAGCAAAAGAAAGACUUCAGGGAGGAACAGUGUGCCAGCUUUGAUGGGCGGCACUUCAACAUCAAUGGUCUACCUCCAAAUGUCCGCUGGGUGCCAAAGUAUAGCGGAAUUCUGAUGAAGGAUCGCUGUAAGCUAUUCUGUCGUGUGGCGGGCAGUACAGCUUACUACCAACUCAGGGACAGAGUUAUUGAUGGCACGCAGUGUGGGCCUGAUACCAAUGACAUCUGUGUGCAGGGCCUGUGCAGGCAAGCAGGAUGUGACCACGUGUUAAACUCCAAGGCCAGGAGAGAUAAGUGUGGAGUGUGUGGUGGGGAUAACUCAUCUUGCAAGACUGUGGCAGGAACGUUCAACAUAGUGCAUUAUGGUUACAAUGUUGUGGUGCAAAUUCCCAGUGGUGCUACAAACAUAGAUGUAAGACAACACAGCUACUCAGGGAAACCAGAGGACGAUAACUACCUCGCCUUGUCCAACAGCCGUGGAGAAUAUUUACUCAAUGGUGAUUUUGUGGUCAGUAUGUUUAAAAGGGAAGUCAGAGUAGGGAAUGCUGUUAUUGAAUACAGCGGCUCUGACCAUGUUGUUGAGAGAAUCAACUGCACUGACCGCAUUGAAGAGGAGAUUAUUAUCCAGGUGCUAUCCGUAGGUAACCUCUAUAACCCUGACGUCAGGUAUUCCUACAACAUUCCCAUAGAGGACAAACCUCAGCAGUUUCUCUGGGAUGCGUACGGCCCGUGGCAGGAUUGCAGUCUGUUGUGCCAAGGAGAGCGCAAGAGGAAGAUCUUGUGCAGUCGUGAGUCGGAUCGAGUAGUGGUGUCUGAUCAGCGGUGCCAUGGCUCUCCCAAACCAGCUGUGAUCUCUGAGCCAUGCAACACAGACUGUGAACUCAGGUGGCAGGUUGUUCGCAAAAGCGAAUGUACAGCCACUUGUGGUCUGGGCUUCAGGACUUUGUACAUUUACUGCAUCAAACAGAGCAGGUUGGAUGGGAAAACCCAGAAGGUUGACGACCGAUAUUGCAGCAACCAGCACAAGCCUGAAGACAAGGAGGUGUGCCAUGGAGACUGCAACCCUGGUGGAUGGGAGUACUCUUCCUGGUCUGAGUGCUCCAGGAGCUGUGGAGGAGGAACACGUCGUAGGAGUGUAGUAUGUGGAAUGUCAGCAGAAACUGAUGACGAAACCAAGUGCAACCCACAAGAAAAGCUCACAGUCCAACCUUGUAAUGAGUUCCUGUGUCCUCAGUGGAAAACUGGAGACUGGUCUGAGUGUUUAGUGACAUGUGGCAAGGGCUAUAAGCACCGCCAGACUUGGUGUCGGUUUGGAGAGGAGCGUUUGGAAGACCGCUUCUGUGAUUCCUCCAAACCAGAGUCAGUACAGGCCUGCCAACAGCAAGAAUGUGCCUCCUGGCAGGUGGGACCCUGGGGACAGUGUACCACCACAUGUGGCCCGGGCUAUCAGAUGAGAGCUGUGAAGUGUGUGGUUGGCUCAUACGGCUCUGUCAUGGAUGACUCUGAAUGUAAUGCAGCAACACGUCCAACAGACACUCAGGACUGUGAACUCUCGCAGUGUCCUGUUACUCAUCCUGUUGCCCCAGAGACCAAAGUGAUGUCACAUCCUGGUCAUAAAACACAGUGGCGCUUUGGAUCUUGGACACAGUGCAGCGCCACCUGUGGAAAGGGCACCCGGAUGCGCUAUGUAAGUUGCCGUGACCAGCAGGGUGGAGUAGCAGAGGAAUCAGCCUGCUCCCAUCUUCCAAAACCUCCUGCUAGUGAGGUUUGCUCCAUAGUGGCAUGCGGACAGUGGAAGGUCCUGGAAUGGACUCCGUGCUCCGUAUCCUGUGGUCAGGGUAAGACUACACGGCAAGUAGUGUGCAUGAACAUCAGUGAUCAAGUUGUGGAAAUGAGUGAGUGUGACCCAGAUGAUCAACCAGCAACAGAGCAGGAGUGUGCCAUGCCCCAGUGUCCGUCUCGCUCCAGCGACCACGGGGGCUUUUCACCUAACACUGAUUCUCGGAAAAAAACAGUUCCCGCCGGACGAACUGACCGUAACAGAGCUGGCAGACCCCAGUCACAUCAAUGGAGGACUGGACCAUGGGGGGCGUGUUCAAGUACCUGUGCCGGAGGAUUCCAGAGGCGUGUAGUGGUGUGUCAGGAUGAGAACGGCUACCCUGCCAACAGCUGUGAUGAAAGCACUCAACCCACAGAGCAACGCUCCUGUGAGUCCGGCCCCUGCCCUCAAUGGUUCUAUGGCAGCUGGGGUGAGUGUUCAAAAUCCUGCGGAGGAGGGAUAAAGACCCGGUUGGUCGCUUGUCAGCGGCCCAACGGGGAGCGCUUUAACGAUCUGAGCUGUGAAAUUCUUGACAAACCACCCGACCGAGAACAGUGCAAUACUCAGUCCUGCUCUAUUAACCCUCACUGGAGCACAGACCAAUGGAGCUCGUGCUCUGCGUCCUGUGGGAGAGGAUACAAGUACCGCAAUGUGACUUGUGUCAGUCACUUGGGCCAGCCAAUCCCAGAAGAGAACUGCCUACACCUGCCCCUCCCCCAAAAGCAAAGGCGUUGCAGAGGUGGGAGGUGCCCCAAGUGGAAGACGGGAAGCUGGGGAGAGUGCUCUGCAACAUGUGGAAGUGGUUGGACAGAGAGACAAGUCCAGUGUAUAUCAGCAGAGGGUGAGGUUUCUGAAAAAUGUCCCUCCUCCUCCAAACCCGAGGAACGGAAAUCCUGCAUCAGUCCUUCUUGCCACUUCCCCACUAACUGCAGAGAUGUACGGCUCCAGAAAGAUGUCGUCUCUGAUGGUGAACAGACGUUGAAAAUUGAUGGAAAACUUUUUAAAAUCUACUGUUCGGAGAUGAACACUGACAGUCCUAAGGAGUAUAUCACGCUGAUCACCGGAGAAGAAGAGAACUUCUCUGAGGUCUUCGGAUACAGGCUGAUGGACCCCACACAGUGCCCAUUCAACCUCAGCAGGAGAGAAGAUUGCCAGUGUAGAAGAGACUACACAGCUGCUGGUCUUUCUACCUUCACAAGAGUUAGAAUGGACCUCAGCACAAUGACCAUUAUAACCACAGACUGGAAAUUUGCCUUUUUCCAUGAAGGGCAUAGGGUUCCUUUUGCCACGGCAGGAGAUUGCUAUAGUGCUGCUCGCUGCCCACAGGGCCGGUUCAGGAUCAACCUCUCAGGAACAGGAUUUAAGGUGACCGAAAGCACUAGGUGGAUUUCCCAAGGGAACUACGCCACAGCUGACAUUCACAGGUCUCAGGAUGGCAGUAGAGUUUCUGGGAUAUGUGGGGGUUAUUGUGGAAAAUGCACUCCCUCUUCCAGCCCUGGACUUCUUGUUGAAGUUUCAUGA